AUGUCGAAAGCCGAUCGCGCUCGGCAGCUGCUGAAAGAGAAACUGUUUGCCUUUGAGCUCUUCAAGGAGCUCUCAGCCUCCUUAAAGGAUGAGCUGGUGGCAGUGGUUGAACAGGUCUCGUAUUCUCCAGGAACACUUCUCUUCAGCGAGGGCGAUCCACCGGAGGACAUCUACUUGCUGGUGGAGGGAGAGGUGAAGUGCUUCAACAGGGUCUCUGACCCUGAAGCUGAGGGCGAAGCAUCCCCUCGACGUCAGUCCCUGUCGAUGAAGCGUCCAUCGAUACAGGGCAUCGAGGCGGUCGACUUUGGCCAGUGUGUGAAUGUGAUCCAUCCUGGUCGAGCUAUAGGCGUCGUGGAGCUGAUGCAGAACCAGCCGCGCUCCACCACUGCGGCGUGUUCGCAAGCCUGUGAAGCCAUCAUCAUCAGGAAACAGGACUUCUUGAGAUUGGUGAAGGAGAGUAUGUCUCGCGACUGGGUGGAGAAGGACAAGUUCCUUCAAACCCAUUUGGUGGGGAUUCGUGACCAUGCCCGCCACUUUGUGCCGAUCACUGGGAAGUCCCAUGCAACCUACAUGUUCGUCAAGCGAAAAUAUCCCGGUGGCCACGUCUUUCUGCGCGAGGGGAACCACGUGGAUGGCGCCAUCUACGUGAUCCACCAGGGCUCUGUGAACUUCUUCCGGGCCGCGCCAGGUGCUCCGAAGGCUGAGACAAGCUGGCGGAACCCCGUCAUGGAGAAGGGGAAACCCUUAGGUCUCCUCCAGCCCACCAGCGCGGGGGUGCUGGCACGCGAGUAUCGGCUGUGCGCCAUGUUGCCUGGUGGUGUCUUCAGCAGCUCCCCCGCUGCCGGCAGUGUGGGGGCGGAACCCUUUUCUGUGGUCGCAGGAGCCAAGCCCGGAGUUGGGGGAGUACAGUGGGAAUGA